AUGGAGGAAGACCCAGCUCAUUGUGCCAUGCCUGCACUAGUGGUCCUGCGUGAAGUGAGCGGGCUGAACAAGCCACAGAGAAGAUCCCAGUUAGCGACAGCAGCCUUGCAUAACCGUCAUCAGAGAGGCUUCAUCCAGCAAUGGACGAAAACUGACACAAAGAUCAGAAGCCAAAGAUUAAGUGGAGUUUGGGGAAGCCAGUGGAAGAUGAGAGGAAAGAUUAAUAGAGCCAGAGACUCCGAAGACCCCUUGGAGGAUGCACUGACCUGUGAUGAUUUACACAUAAACUUCACUUGGGAAGAGUGGUCCUUGCUGGAUUCAUCUCAGAAGAGACUUUACAAAGAUGUGAUGGUGGAGACCUACAGGAACCUCACUGCUAUAGGAUACAAUUGGGAAGACCAUAAUAUUGAAGAACAUUUUCAAAGUGACAGAAGACAUGGAAGGCAUGUAAGAAGUCAUGCUGGAGAGAAAUCAUAUGAAUAUACACAAUGUGAUAAAGCCUUCACAUGUCACAGUCAUCUUCAAAAGCGCAAACGAAUUCAAACUGGAGAGAAAUCCUCUGAAGGACGUAGUAGUCUACAAAAACGUAAAAGAACAGAUACUGUUGACAGACUCUACAAAUGUAAUCAAUGUGAAAAAGCCUUUUCACGACAGAGCUGUGUUCGAAUACAUGAAAGAACACAUACUGGAGAGAAACCCUAUGAAUGUAAUCAGUGUGAUAAAGCCUUUGCACAUAAGAAUACUUUGAUUUUGCAUAGAAGAACACAUACUGGAGAGAAACCUUAUGAAUGUAAUCAAUGUGGCAGAACCUUUGCACAUCAGAAUACUUUGGUGUUGCAUAAAAGAACACAUACUGGAGAGAAACCUUAUGAAUGUAAUCAAUGUGGCAAAAGCUUUGCACAUCAGCUUACUUUGGUGGUGUAUAAAAGAACACAUGCUGGAGAGAAACCUUAUGAAUGUAAUCAAUGUGGUAAAGCCUUUGCACAAAGAAGUCAUCUCCGAACACAUAGAGUAGUACAUACUGGAGAGAAGCCCUACAAAUGUAAUCAGUGUGAUAAAGCCUUUACACAACAAAGUCAUCUCCGAAUACAUGAAAGAACACAUACUGGAGAGAAACCUUAUAAAUGCAAUCAGUGCAGUAAAUCAUUUGUAUGUCUCAGUCAUCUUCAGACUCAUGAAAGAACACAUACUGGAGAGAAACCUUACAAGUGUAAUCAAUGUGAUAAAACCUUUUCACAACACCCUAGUCUCCAAGCGCAUAAAAGAGUACAUACUGGAGAGAGACCCUACAAAUGCAAUCAAUGUGAUAAAGGUUUUUCACAAAGUAGUACUCUCCAAAUUCAUCUAAGAACACACACUGGAGAGAAACCCUAUGAAUGUACACAAUGUGGUAAAGUUUUUGCAUAUAGCAGUGCUCUCCGAUACCAUAAAAGGAAUCAUACUGAAGAAACCGUAUGAAUGUAUUCACUGUGGUUGAAGUCUUUAAAAACAUACAAUAGUUUCUAAAAACAUAAGCAGAAUCAUCAUUAUAGGGAGACGAACUCAUAAAGGUAUUUGACAUAGUCACGUCUUUGGACAUGUGUGUAGUCUUCACCAUCAUGAAAGAAUUUAUACUAAAGAGAAACCAUAUAA